AUGGAUGUGCUUGGAAUCUUUGGAGCGUUAUGUAGCUCUUUGACCAUGAAACUCAUGAUCCUCUGCUGCUUUGUGGUGCUGUCCCACACCGAGCCUCCACCCUCUAUCUCCCUCCCAGUCCAAAUCUCUGUCCUUCCCCCAUGGCACUCUCUCACAGUGUCUCAGGCUGAUCUGAGCCUCCUCUUCACCAACUCCAGCCCUUUCUCCUUUACGCAGUCUCUGCUGCUCAUGCCUCCUGUAGGAAUGGACUCUAAACCAGUCCUCCAUGCUACUUUUGGUCCUCACUCUGUGACUCAGCUUGUUUCUGAACCCUUAGCUCCAUUUUCUGUACCUCUUGUUGCAUACCUACUUUCCAAAACAAUUGAACAAAAGUGGGAGGCUAAACAAGGGGAAGUGUUUACAGUCAGGGUGUUGUUCCACAUGAAAGGUGACUCAAACAGAAGAACAUGUGCAACCCUUCAUGCUUUCAAACAGACAGAAGAACAGAAAGCAUCCUGCAUUGCCCAGCCUCCUCUAGGGCUGUGUGUGGUCACCUUGACUUUACCCAAAGAUUGGUUUAAGCCUGAUCAGAUUGUUCAACCACACCAAAACCAAAGAUUCAGACAACGCCAUCCAUACAGACUCCGAUCCCAUAACCACAGCCAAUGGGGACAGAACUUCCCAGCCUCUCUCAGGGCCAAACCUGGAUUCCUCAGUGAUAUGAUCCAGCUCUAUUACUCUUCCUUUGGCAAUGUGACCAACCAUAAAAUAUCAACUCCUAGAUGUGUGGUGGACAAGCAGUCACAGAGAAAUCUGUACUACAUUGGAUCUGUGACUCUUCCAGAUAAAGAAACCAAACGUAACAAACCAACGCAAGUUUUUUCUUGUGUCAGUGAACUUGAACAGAAUGAGCUAUGGUUGAAUUCAGAUGUACUGAUUUACUAUAACAAGGGGCCUGUGCGAGCUGGACAACCAUUUGGAGUCUCGUUAAAUCUAAGGGCGAAUUUUAGUGGAGACUGCCUCAUUGUGAAGCUUCAAGUGAAGAAAAGGUUACUGUCACUACAAGCCCAUCCAAACAAAAACUCUCACCUGUGGGCUGUUAAAGUGGAUAAAACAUCAGGCUCCAAACAUGACACCAUUUCCAUAAUCUCUCACAGAACUGGUUCUGUUCUCGAAAGAAGUGGAACCUCAGCUAUGGGAUUGGUGGCCUGUCUCUCAGUUGAGGGUUUACACAGGAGCUUUCGUGUUGCAAUGACAGUUCCAGUAAACUGGUGGGUGGAGGACACCAUGCGUGAUAGGCUGGUUUCACCACAUGGGGCAAUAACAACUUUCUUCUACUUUUCGGAUAGAGAGAUAGUGGGCAUCGCUCCCAUCACAGUGAGCAACACAAUAAUGAACACAGCCAUCUUAUCUAGCCAACCAGUUUCCCUCCCAGUUGUAGUACUGGCAGUUGGGCAGGAUGGCAAAGUAUUAGAUAUUACUGCAGCAGUAAACUGUCAAUCAACCAAUGAAGACAUUGUCAAGGUAUCAAGUGAUUGCUCUGCUAUUUAUGUUGAUGGAAGUGAAUCUGGGGUGGGCAGUACCUGUGUAGAGGUGGAGUUUUUUCUGGGCGUGCUCAGAGGUUCGUUAUGCCUGGCUGUGUGGGCUCCAGUAGUUCCUCUCCGUAUCUCUCUCUCUGACACUGUCCUGAGCCCCAUUGAGGACUGGAGCUACUACACGGACAAUAGAUGCACUCCAGUUUAUCAAAGGGCCACCAUUCAGAUUCUUGCACAAUUCAGUGCCCAGUCAGCCCAGGGCCAACUUAUCCACAUGCUUGGAUCACCUGAUUGGUUUGUAGAUGUAACAGACCUGGUUCGCGAUUGCCUGAAGAUAGACAACUCUCAUGUCGCAACCCUUCAUGAGCAAAAUUAUGUAAUUGGAUUAAAACCUGGAGUUACUUCACUAAAUCUGAUAUCUAGUCAGUGGGAUGGUGUGCUUGGCACUGCUGAAGUCAUUGUGACCUCUGAACCUGUGGCACCUGGUGACCUUUCUGUACAUUUAGUGGGUGGUCUUGGUUUGUCAGUCACCUCAAGCUCUUCAAAUCCUUCUGUCAUCACAGUAACUGUGAAUUCUCAUAACACACUAUAUAACCACGGGCAAGAAGCUUCUUUUACUGUUUGGCUACAGUUUGGUGAUGACACUGCCACUCUGCUCUCCGCAUUCAGCGAAAUUCCUUUCUCUCUGCAUUUAUCCUCACUGGCUGAGUCCGUGGUUGCAAUAACAUCUUCCCCAUCGCAGCGUAUCCUUGCACAAGGAGAUGGUGGAGGGCCCCUUGUGAAAGCAGAGCUUCUGGUUUCCACCUGUGAGCUCACUUCUACCCAUAUUGAGAUGGAUGAGACCAAAGAGAGAGGUGGGACUCGGAGACUGGCCAAAGGAUCAGGCUGGAUAAGAGUGAACUUAGGCAUAGACUUCUGGCCUCUAGAAAGUAACAAUUCUGACUUUGAGGUGACUGAUGUAUCAGAUACGUUUGAAGAGUUAGACACCAAUGUGUAUCAUAACUUUGAACAGGAACAAGCAACCCUUAAGUCCACUAACUAUGAUGACAAUGCAAGCAGUGACCUGACUGCUUGGGAUGACUUGGAGAGGGCAGUGCUGACACCCAACCACAAAGAAAAUGCAGUGGAUUUUUCUCCUGAUGUGAAGAAUGGAGGAGGUAAAAUUGCAAAUCGAGAGUUAGUAUUUGGAGUUGGAGCUGUCUUCUGUUUGCUAUGUCUCUCCUCCCUUCUGUUAUUAGUCAGCUUCAUGCCAUGUGUGAUGGAACUUGGGAAGAGACAAAGUAAAGAAAUGAGGAAACAGAUAGAAGGAGGGACAUUCACUCAGGAAGAUGGCAAUGAUGAUAUGAAAUCAGAGGAAUACAAGACAUGAUAAGGAUAGAUGAUGACAGUGGAACAAAGAUGAUUUUGUAAAUAUCCAUCUUUCUGCACUGAGAAACACUU